AUGAAUCUACACACGUUUCUUGAUUCGUUGCUUGCACAGCUAUGCAUACAAACAUUUGAAAGCAGUAUAAAUUUGAGUAAUACACUCCAAGCCCAGAGAUCGUUCGGCAGAACCAUGAAAUGUCUUCAGAUCACGUUCUUUUUAUUUACCUUAUCAGUAUUCUGCAGAAGCGUUCAAUCGACAAAUCCUACAUGCGAAUGUGGUUGGAGAAACAGGGCUAGAAUCAUUGGAGGAAAGGAAACUUGCAAAAAUGAAUUUCCUUGGAUGGUUGCAAUUGGAGACAUAAAAAAUAAUUUUUCACAAUUCUGUGGAGGAAGCAUUAUAACCCCUUGGCACAUCCUCACCGCUGCCCACUGCACUGAGGGGAAAGAUAGCGAUGACAUUGGCGUUAUUAUCGGAGGCCACGAUAUCACAAAUCUUGGAGAAGAUACAAGUGAGCUGAUCACCAUAGAACAAAUCGUUGAACAUGAGGAUUAUGAUGAAAUUAAAUUCAUUAACGAUAUUGCUAUCUUAGUAACUUCCGAGCAGAUAUUUCUUAACAAGAAUGUUGGCCCAGUUUGCCUUCCUAACAAGAGGAUUAAUUUGGUCGAUCAAUACGUUAAGGUUACAGGUUGGGGACUGACCACUCAUCCUGGGAAGCCUUCAUCGGUUCUGCGGCAGGUGAAUUUGAAAGUUAUACCCAUCGAUCAAUGCAAAAAAGACUGGUCGGACAUUUCUGAAACAGAUCCUCCAACGCAACUAUGUACCUUCAGGAAAAACAAGGAUUCAUGUUUCCAAGAUUCUGGCGGUCCUCUUGUCUGGUUAGAUCCUGACACUAAUAGGUUUAUACAAGUUGCCUUGGUCUCUUAUGGUGGAAAGUGUGGAGGAUCACGCCCAGCAGUCAACACAGCUGUUUUCCCUUUCUUAGAAUGGAUAAAUGCCCAUGUAGAAGAAACCAAACCCGAAGCACAUGUCUGUAUGGUAGAACCGAUAUCUUCUCAGCAUCAAACUCAGACUGGACAAGACCUUAGUGAUAUAUAUAGUUUAUUCGAUACUGAUUCAUAAAAUGUGUCAUUGUGUUGACAAUAAACCAGACAAGCAUGUAAAGAUUAUGAAUAAAUGAGAAUUAAUACAAAAUAACAUAUUGUCCCUAUUCAAACCAAAUAACAGGCUUAUUAUUUUAAAAUCUUAC